AUGGGAGGCGUCAGUACGCCUUCCUCCACCGACAGCGGUAGUGUCUGUGGUGCCACUGCCGCAGCCGAGGCAUCCGCAACGGAUGGUAGUCAAGGCGGGAGGUGUGUGUGCAGCUGCCACAGCGAGAGCGGACGGGACGAGCGCCAGGCUCGGGGCCCCGUGGUCUGCCGCACCUCCCAAUCUCUCACACUAUACACGGCGUCCUUCAACUGUGGGGUAUCCGACGUGAUCCACGUCGAGGCAGGGCAUGCAUGCCAUGCAGCAGCGCCAUCUCACAUGUGCCACUGUAGCGUAGAUAAUCUGCCGGUGUCAGUGCUCGAUGUGGUGUUUACUUUCCUUCAGACGGAGGGCCUGUGCACGGUGCUCGGUGUCUCUCAUAGUUUCUACCGUGCUGUCAGUGAGUCGGACCGGACCGCCUGGAGAGCCGCCUGCCUUUCCCUCUGGCGCGGCAAGCAGGGGCUUGCAGGCGUGGCGGAUAUGUGGGCUGCGACGGAGGAGUCGUGUCGGCGCGAGGAGUUGGAGGUUAUCGCCCUGCAGCAGCAAAUGUUGAUUGAUGCACACACGAGCGACAACGCCGCCGCCACAAUGCUGGAGUGGACGAUGCUGCAAGGCGGCGAAGCGAAAAGCGAGGCGAGAGAUAAAAAAAUUUGGAAACGGGCGCACCACAAUCCACAACAGUUGCCGCCGCCGUGUUGGACUGGGCGUGCCUGUAAAAGCGAGCCCGCGUCAAUCACCACCAUAGCAAGCGACAGCGACAGUAUUGUUACAGGGGUGAGAAGCGCGUCGCAGCAGCUGUGGAGUCGUGUCCCGCUUCCCAGCACUCCGACGUACAAAGCCAUCAUGAGCAUGACGAACUCGCCGCAGCUACCCGCGUCGUUGAUAUCGCCAGUGCGCCGACGCAGCGUCUUGCCGAUGUCGGAAGUGGCGGAUGCCACAAAUAAGCCCGCUGCGCACACGACGAAGCUGUACUGGUGGCAACUGGGCCCCGACGAGCGGCAGCGGCACUUGUAUCGCAUUCAGCAGGGAGCACGGCGACUACAGUUGCAGUCGCAGCAGAUGCAGCAGUCGAACCGUCUGCCGCGUCGGGACGAGGAAGGCUCCCAGCUGCUUGACGAAGACAAUGAUGAAGUGAGCACCACUAUCACCACCACCACAAGUCGUACGUGUAAGGCAGAACCCAUGACGACUCCGCGGCGGCAGGGGUUUUGCGCGGAAAGUCUUGCUCUGCCCCCAAGACGUGAGAGCGGUAGCACUAACAGUGGCCCGCCACUGCCUCUCGCGCUUCCUUCCGCGUGUGUGUUGACCGCAGACCGGCGGAGAUUGCAGCGUUCUUUUGAAAGAGAAACGGGAGACGCGUCUGUGGAGGAUGCCGAAGACUCCGUUGGUGAUCUCGGCGACAUCGAUGACUACGAUGACUACGAAGCGGCCAAGAAACGUGACAGCAACCCGUAUCAGGAGUUUGAGGAGGAAAUGGCGCUGACCCACUCCCUCAGCGUUCUGCAAUACGCCCAACAAAAGGCGCUGCACCGUGCCUCCUCUGUGGGGCGGUUGAGGCAGGAAGGCAACGAUGUGGACGAUGACGAGGAGGAUUUGCAGCUACCGGUUUCGUGGAAGUUUGCCUACUACACGUCUCUCCGCGACGCGCGACGCCAAUGGCUGACGAAGCAGGAGCUCGUGGAAGCCACGUGGUAUGUGUGCUUUCGCGCCACAGGAAAAACACAUCCUGCGACCUUUGCGGCAGACUCCACCUUAAUCAUUCACCCCGCCGUGCACGCACCAGCCGGGACGAACAUUCCCACCAGCCCUGGUGGGAAUGGGGGCAGCGGCGCCGCCAUCUCUCCGUUCCUGUAUCAACUAAUGAGGGGCGGCACCGAACUUGUGGUACACAACUUUCCCCCGCUGAAGGUGCACCGUCGCUCGGUGCUUCCAUCGGCUGCUGCCACGAAUAAAGUUGGUGAUGCUACCAGCAGUACUACUACAGCUGCCACUCCUGUUCCACCGCAGCCUGCAAAUGCAGGGGGUUCUGCCAGCAAUGAAGGAGCGGCGGAGCGUGCUUUUCUUGCCGAACCCGACGCCACACUACGCCGUCUCAUGCCUAAGGAGGAAGAAGACAUAUAUGCAGGGGGAGAAGAUGCGGGAGACGUUGAAACUCCAGCCGUGACUAGGCCGGCACAAAAUGGCGUUCCCAGCGCGGAUUGGGGCUGGGUCAUGCAAAAUUUUUUCGUUAAAAUAUUUUCUGUGGGGAUUCCCGUCCCAUCGUACAUUCACCAACUGCGGCGCACCUGUGCGCCGCGUCCUCCCUGA